AACUUUCCUGCCUGUACAAGAGGACAGGACUUUUACUCAAACCGUAACAGGACGAGUUCACUGUUUUCUGAACAAUGUGGACGUUGGUACUCCUGUUGGCGGCUUCUGACGCUGUCUUGGCCACCGAAUCCUUGGGACGACACAGGGCGGACCCCGACCUGGUUUCCGUUUCCGGUUUGUCAUCCGGGGCCUGCUUCGCCGUGCAGUUUCAUGUCGCCCACUCAGGGAGCAUCAUGGGAGCGGGCAUUUUUGCCGGAGCUCCGUACCUUUCCUACGGUAACACGUUGAUUGACGUGUCCGUACUACACACCAGCACUGAGGCGGCGGCCAUCACUCUCAACAUAGACGGAACCACUAACAUGCGGGGGGACAAGGUCUACCUGUUCACGGGCGCCAACGACGUCACCGUGCCGCCAGCGACCAUGCGCCAGACGUGGGAGUACUACAAGUCGUACGUCGAGAACAACAAUAUCCAGUUUGUCGCCAACCUGCCUGCUGCUCACGGCAUGCCCACAGCGGACUACGGUGGCCAGUGUGACCACAUCAGCCCGCCCAAUUACGUCAACAACUGUGACUACAACGGCGCCUACCACGCUCUCAACCACAUCUACGGCUCCAGCCAGCCUCUCGUGAAACCGGACCCUUUCAGUGACGUCGCUACCCGCGGACAGUUCAGGACGUUCGACCAGGGGGAGUUUUUCUACUUCUCGUCGCCGUCCGCCUACAGCAUGGAUGACGAGGGGUUCGUGUAUAUCCCGUCAGGCUGUGCGGGCAGAUACUCCGACUGCAAGCUGCAUAUUCAUCUGCACGGCUGCAAACAGGGCAAGUCGUACCUCGGUGACUACUACGCCCGCCAUGUUGGUUUUAACGAGGUGGGAGAACUGAACAACAUCAUCAUCCUCUACCCACAAGUCACUUCGUCCGUCCUCCCGGUCAACCCCAUGGGAUGCUGGGAUUGGUGGGGAUACACCGGCGGCUACUUCGCCACGAGAAACGGCUUCCAGAUCACCGCCGUCCACCGGAUGAUGGAACGGAUCCUGGAAUGAGCAGCCGCCAUUUUGAUGACGUCACAACCGGAAGUAAACAUACACUCUACCGACUGAUCACUCAGAUUUCUCUGAGACAGUUAAUAAAGAUUGA